AUGAAACUAAUCUAAUAAGAGUAUUACUUCAGCAGACCUAAAAUUAGUAGUCUUUAUUCACCUGAGAGUAAAUUUAAAUCAAUAUCUCAUUAUUCUGAUAAAUCAUUAAUACAAAAUAUAGAUACGUAAAUCUAAAUUAAUUAGAUCUUACAAAAUAUUCAAUACUUGAAAGGCAAAAUCAAUUAUGAAAAAAAUUAACUCCAUUAAUUAUCUUUCCUUAAUAGUCAUAGUAAUUUUUCAUUUACUUCUAUUCCUUUAAGCAAAUUAGACCCUGAGUCUUAUACAAUGAAAUAAAAAAUUGUAUAACUUAAAGAACAAGUAUUAAUGUAAAAUAUUAGUUAAAACAAUUAGAGAAUCAAGAAAAGCAAAUUCAAAUGAUGAACUAUUAAAAAAUUGAUUAAAAUGAAGAAUAUGCCUUCAAAAAUUAUACUAUGAUCAUAAUGAAGAAUAAAACUAAAUAAUAACUUAUUUAACAUAAAAAUUAACUUAUUAAUUAGAUCAAAUAAUUAAAACAUGAAAUCUAUAUGGAUUAAAUGGAAAUUAAUAUAUAAGACAAUCAAAUUUGUGUUUUAGAAAAGAAAAACAGAAUAUAUUUAGCCAAAUUAUCUAAAGUUUCAGAAUAGCUUAAGGAAAUUAAAUAAAAUGUUAGUGCAUACUAAUAAUUUGAUAUGAAAAAAUCUAGAUAAAUUAAAGAUUUUAUGAGUAAAUUGGGAGCAGGUGAUUCUAAAACAGAUGAUAUGGAUGAAGUACUUAAAAAUUAUAAUAGAAAAAUACUAAAUAAUUAAAAAACAAUAGAUGACUUUCUAUUAAUCGGCCAACAAAGAUCAUAUUAUACAUUAUCAUAAAUAUAAGAUAUUGAAUAUUAAAUUUAAUAAUAAAAAGAAGUCAAAUCAUAAAUUUAUUCAUAAAUUAAUGAAUUAAAGUUACAUAUAACUAAAUACUCAAAGGCAAAAAGAACUUCACUAGAAAAUAAUUACAAUAAAGAUAAUAUAAAUGAUGAAGAAAAAGUUGAAUGGAUUUUAAAUAGCAAAGAAUCGAAUGAGUUUCCUUAAGCAUAAUCAAAAAUUAUUGAUUAAUUUGAAAAUGAAUUUUGA